UAUAAUGUUGUGUUUAUUCAUGCGAAAGUUUAAUCUAAUUCUGGGGGAUAAGGAGUAUUACAACAAGCACGGUAGGACUUAUCCCUAACAAAUAUUUAUCUUUGAAACAUGCUGCAUACCUUCAUCUUCCUAAACCGGACGCUUCCAUAACCACCAAACCUCCAUUAAUCAACCAUUGGUGAGGAGAAAAUUUAUUAUUUUAUUGAUGUGAGAUUUUUCACUUAACAGCUCACAAUUGUGGUGAAGUAAGAUGGACAUUGCUGGUCUUUUAACUUCUGCUGGAAUUAAUAUCUCAAUAUGUGUGGUGCUUCUUUCCUUGUAUUCUAUAUUGAGAAAGCAACCAAGCAAUAUGAUUGUGUACUUUGGGAGGUGGAUCACUCCAGGACGGGCUAAACAUAAUGAACCCUUCUCCUUUGAUCGAUUUAUGCCCAGCCCUAGCUGGGUUUUGAAGGCCUGGGAAACUACUGAUGAAGAACUAUUAGAAAUUGCAGGCGUGGAUGCUGUAGUUUUCAUGAGGAUAAUCGUUUUCAGUAUUCGGAUAUUCUCCAUUGCUGCUUCAAUUUGUAUUUUUCUAGUGCUUCCAGUGAAUUAUUAUGGACAAGGACAAGUGCCUAGCAGGGUGCAACAGAACCAUAUAACCUUUGUAUUCCACCAUGGUUGCCCCUCCAAGCUGAUAUUUGGCUCUGGGCUCAUUGUCUUGCAUUAUAUGUCAUUUCUUGUGCGGCUUGUGUUCUAUUGUACUUCUGAAACAGUACAAAAGUUCUUUACCAACUAUUAUGCAUCAAGCUACUUGUCACACCAAAUGGUAUACCGGGCUAGUAAAGUUCAGAAACUGAUGAGUGAUGCAGAAAAAAUGUACAAGAUGAUUAAAACUGUUGCUGUUGAACCAGAAACAAUACAAUGUAGCACAAGUUUCACACCAUGCAUGUUUUGUGGAGGGACCAGCCAGUCCUUUAAGAUGGUUGAAGAAACAGAAACUGAUAACAGCACCACCAACCUUGCUGCAGUGGAACUGAGUGAAAAAAUUAAAAAUCUUGAAGAGAGUCCAGCUGCUUUUGUCUUCUUCAAGACUCGUUUUGCUGCUCUCAUUGCUGCACAAAGUCUUCAAUCAUCAAACCCUAUGCUAUGGGUGACUAAACUAGCCCCUGAACCACAUGAUGUUUAUUGGUCUAAUCUCUGGAUACCAUACAAACAACUCUGGCUUCGUAAAAUAGCAAUUCUUCUCGCUUCUAUAGCCUUUGUGGUUGUGUCUCUCAUUCCAGUAGCAUUUGUACAAGCAUUGACUCAUCUAGAUCAGUUACCACGACCAUUUUCAUAUCUCAGAGACAAUAUUAAACAGAAGUUUAUAAAACAGGUGGUAACAGGUUACUUACCAAGUGUGCUUCUGAUCUUGUUUUUGUAUGCUGUUCCUCCAACAAUGAUGCUAUUUUCGAAAUUGGAGGGACCCACCUCACGAAGUGGGAGGAAAAAAAGCGCAUGCAUCAAAGUUUUGUGCUUCACAAUUUUGAAUGUUUUCUUUCUUAAUGUUCUUUCUGGGUCUCUUAUCCAACUAGUGAGUGUGUUCUCCAGGGUAAAAGAUAUACCAUCACAACUUGCCAAAGCAGUGCCAAAUCAGGCUACAUUCUUCAUGACUUAUGUUUUAUCCUCUGGGUGGGCAAGCUUGGCGUGUGAAGUCAUUCAGCUUUUUGCACUUCUUUGCAACAUGAUAAAAAAGUUCAUAUUCAGAAUGAAGGAUGAUUCACCAGAUGCCGUCUAUUCCUUUCCACACCACAUUGAAAUUCCAAGAGUACUUUUGUUUGGGCUUAUUGGCUUUACUUGUUCUGUCAUGGCACCAUUGAUCUUGCCCUUAUUGCUGGGCUACUAUUUCCUUGCUUAUCUUGUCUACCGCAACCAGAUUCUGAAUGUGUAUGUGUCAAAAUAUGAAAGUGGGGGACGAUUCUGGCCUAUUGUUCAUAACACAACAAUCUUUUCAUUGGUGUUGACGCAAAUAAUUGCUCUUGGGGUUUUUGGAAUAAAACGAUCACCCAUUGCAUCUGGCUUCACCAUUCCAUUGAUUGUUUUGACUUUUCUAUUCAAUGAGUACUGUAGGCAGCGAUUCACCCCCAUUUUUAGGAGUAGUGCUGCACAGGUUCUAAUAGAGAUGGAUCGACAAGAUGAGCAGUCUCAGCGGUUGGAACAAAUUUGUCAACAGCUUCAAUCUGCUUAUUGCCAGUUUCCAAUAAAAUGUCAUGACAUGUCCAAAUCUGGACACAGCCAUCAUCGGGGAGGUCAGGACUGCAUCAAAGAUCAAAAGGCUCAAAAGUCAGGAAAGCAGCCUGUUGAAAUUAAUUAAGCAUGAGGGAAGGGACUAGUGGCAAGGAAAUUAAUUAACUAUACUUUUGAUA